CUCUUUGGAGUUCUCGCCCGUGACCGCGGUCUUCAGGUCCCUUUUAGGCUCUUGGACGCCUCCCUCUGGUGUCUCUAUUUCCCUUUCUUUCUCCUAGGGUUCUUCUCGCUCUUCCCAGAAUCCUCGAAUUUCCCCUCCCUGGCGAUGGAGACUUCCGGCUUUCUCUCGUGCGAGAAGCUGGAUCGCAUGGCGAAUUGGGUCGGGGCGAGCGUCUCCUCGGCAUUCUUCGCCUCCCUGGAGCGCUGCUCCUGCAUCAAUCUCAGCACCACCGACAACGAGGACGAGGCCAAGGUGGAGGAGGCCAAGGACCGCCCUCUCAUGCUCGCCAAGCCCAGCGUCCACGAUUCCUCCGACGAAGCCGCCAAGCCCGGCCCUCAAAACCCUGGUGCCGGUAAGCUGCCCCCCGUCUGAAAACCUCUUCCCUCGCUGCUACUCUCUUUUGGGGAUCGAAAUCGAUGUACAUGAUGUCAAUGAUGUUCCGUGCCAAUAUAAGAUUUAGGUGCUGGGUGACAGCUUGAUUGGAGUAUAUAGAAUUAGGUCUAUGUUUUCUCUUUCUUAUCCUGAAUUCUUGUGUCUUAUUAGUUUCUUUGGGCGUCAGAACUUGCUCUUUUUUUGUUUGGGUUUUUGGAUGGUUUUCAGAUUAACAGAACACAAGAACCUGAACGUAAUAAUAAUAAUAAAUCCUUCCUUUCGAUGUUCAUGUCGGA